AUGAUCGCAAAGAACUCGGGUGAACUAAAGGCCAUUUUAAGAGCUUUAAAGCAGCGAUAUUACAUUGCAAUAGACCUUGUGCAGGAUGUUGUACCCCUGCUGGAAGACAAAGAUGAAGAUGUCAGAGGGUUGGCUGCUGGUGUUCUAGGAGGGCAGAACAGUCUACCAGAAAAUGCACUGCAGGGUCUUGUAUCUCUGCUGAAGAACAAAGAUGGAUAUGUCAGACAGUCAGCUGCUGAUGCUCUAGGAAAGCAGAGCAGCCUAUCAGAAGAUGCACUGCAGGGCCUUGUAUCUCUGCUGAAGGACAAAAAUGAAGAUGUCAGACAGUCGGCUGCUGAUGCUCUAGGAAAGCAGAGCAGCCUACCAGAAGAUGCACUGCAGAGCCUUGUAUCUCUGCUGAAGGACAAAAAUGAAGAUGUCAGACAGUCGGCUGCUGAUGCUCUAGGAAAGCAGAGCAGCCUACCAGAAGAUGCACUGCACGGUCUUGUAUCUCUGCUGAAGAAUAAAAAUGGAUAUGUCAGACAGUCAGCCGCUUAUACUCUAGGAAAGCAGAACAGUCUAUCAGAAGAUGCACUGCAGAGUCUUGUAUCUCUGCUGAAGGACAAAGAUGGAGAUGUCAGGCAGUCAGCUGCUGAUGCUCUAGGAAAGCAGAACAGUCUAUCAGAAGAUGCACUGCAGGGUCUUGUACCUCUGCUGAAGGACAAAGAUGGAUAUGUCAGACAUUCAGCUGCUUAUACUCUAGGAAAGCAGAACAGUCUAUCAGAAGAUGCACUGCAGAGUCUUGUAUCUCUGCUGAAGAACAAAAAUAUAGAUGUCAGACAGUCAGCCACUUAUGCUCUAGGAAAGCAGAACAGUCUACCAGAAGAUGAACUGCAGGGCCUUGUAUCUCUGCUGAAGGGCAAAAAUGAAUAUGUCAGACAUACUCUUCAAGAUCUAUAUACAGCUCUUGUUGAGAAGGGUAUUGAGCAUCGGCUUUGUUGCUAUAUACAAGAUAAUAAGUUGCAUAUUGAAACACCCGAGAAGCGAAGAGAAAUUCCAUUUCCGAGCAAGAACAGCCUCCUCAGAGCAUUUUGUACCAAAGCGCAGGCAAUGGAGAGCCCUAAUGUGCCUCUGCUCUUGGAGGCAACAUCAAAAUAUUCACUCGGUGACUAA